AUGUCACCCCCAAGCGAUCGUAAAAGCAUAUUACAAAAUCUCCGCUCGCAGGUCGACAACGGCAAUAUCAUUGUUGGCGCGGGCGCUGGCAUCGGACUGAGCGCGAAAUUUAUCGAAGCCGGUGGCGGCGACCUCAUCAUCAUAUACAACAGCGGAAGAUACCGAAUGGCAGGCCGCGGUUCGCUGGCUGGUUUGAUGCCAUACGGAAACGCUAAUGAUGUGGUUCUAGAAAUGGCAGGCGAAGUUCUUCCCAUCGUCAAAUCCACGCCGGUACUAGCGGGAGUAUGCGCUACCGACCCGUUCCGAGACAUGUCUCGCUUCUUGAAGCAACUCAAAGACCUUGGCUUCGCCGGCGUCCAAAACUUUCCGACUGUUGGAUUGAUCGACGGAACUUUCCGGCAGAAUCUUGAAGAGACGGGAAUGUCUUACGACGCCGAAGUGGACGUCAUGAAGAUGGCGCGAGAGAUGGACCUCCUAACGACGCCGUAUGUGUUCAAUGUGGAAGAGGCGAAAAAGAUGGCGAACGCAGGCGCGGAUAUUCUAGUCGCUCAUAUGGGUCUUACAACGAGCGGAAGUAUUGGGGCGAGCAGUGGAAAGAGCUUGGAUGAUUGCGUUAAGCUGAUCCAGGAGAUACGCGAUACUGCAACAGGUAUCAAAGAGGACGUCAUCAUCUUAUGUCACGGCGGCCCAAUCGCGAAACCAGAGGACGCGGAGUAUGUGAUCAGCCGAACGAAGGGCGUACAUGGCUUCUAUGGCGCAAGCUCAAUGGAGCGCUUGCCUGUUGAAGACGCGAUAACCAAUAUCACGAAAACAUUCAAGGGACUAAAGCCUGGGUCCUCUGCAUAG